AAAUACACAUUAGAUUCCACUGAAAAUUAAUCUUAAGAAACAACACAAUUAAUGAUUGUGUUUUAUAAAAGAAUAAGAUAAGAUAAGUCAGUAUUUGAGAUAAGUUUAGUGUUUGGACUCACCUCUGCAUGAAGUGGUACAGUCCCGUUAGUCGCAGUCUGAGAGUCCUGUUUACUGCUGCAGUUAGCGGACAACCUGAAUCACCAACAUGCGGAUAAACUGCACUUUACUAUAACACGGACUGUAUAAUGAACUUUUACCGGCUUUUUUUACUGGGAGCCUUAGUGUGUGUGUGCAAUGGUGUGCAUGUCACAAUUCGGGAGAAGCAGCGUUUCGCGAUGCUCUUCCAGUCUGUGGUCCUCCCCUGUCAUUACCAGACGGCCUCCAACCAGCACCCUGUGGUGCAGUGGUGGUACAAGUCAUACUGUAGGGACCGAACACGAGAGUCUUUCAGCCUGCCUGAGAAGCUUGGCGUCCAGGGCUCCGAGCUCGGCCCUACGUCCCACCUGGAGUGCUCCGACACCGGCCGCACAGUCCGGGUCGUUGCCUCGGCACAGGGGGCCUCCAUGACGCUGGCUGAACACUACAAAGGCAGAGACAUCGCCAUCGUCAACAAAGCAGACCUGCGUAUCGGGGAGCUGCAGUGGGGCGACAGUGGAGUGUACUACUGUAAGGUCGUCAUUGCUGAUGAUCUGGAGGGGAAGAAUGAGGCCCAGCUGGAGUUACUGGUGCUUGGCAGGACAGGUGAGAAGGACGAUAUCCUACCUGAGUUUGAUGUGGAGAUUAUGCCAGAGUGGGUGUUUGUGGGAUCUGUAGUCCUGGGCAGUGUACUGUUCCUGUUGUUGUUGGGGAUCUGCUGGUGCCAGUGUUGUCCUCACUCCUGCUGCUGCUACGUCCGCUGCUGCUGCUGCCCCGAAAGCUGCUGCUGUCCACGACACCUAUAUGAAGCAGGGAAGAUGGCAAAGGGUGGACUUCCUCCUCCUCCUCAGGUUCCUGUGUAUCCCUACUACAUCCCUGGUGUUCCUACUGUGGUUCCUCUUGCCCCUCCAUCCCAUGUGGAGCCACAGAUCGCCUCCAUCCCCUCAGUGGAGAAUAACCUGGCUGGAGCGCGCAGUGGUUAUCGACUGAAAGCCAGUCCACACCAGGACUCAAGGAAAGUUUUAUACUACGUAGAGAAGGAGCUGGGUCAGUUUCCCUCUCCAAAGAUGUCUGCACUGAAACCCAGCAGCCUCUCGGAGCUGAGCUCUCUUCACGACGGAGGGACGUCAGACUUCAGACACACCUACCAGACGGUGCAGAUGAAGGCGCUGCCGCCAAUCGCAGACCUGGACGACCAGUCGCUGAGAGCGCCUGCUCACACACACAACCGCAGGAUGAGACGAGACAGACGCAACCUCUCAGACGACGAGCUCGACAGAAGGUGGAACCCGCCAUCGGAGCACCUGCAGAGGAAGACGUUGAGCCGAAGAGGAAGGACUGGCUCCCUGGACGAGCUGGAGGACUUUGCCAUGUCUUACAACUCCCGCUCUCGUCGGGUUGAGCCUCCGGACCGAGGUUAUGAGCGCGACUACAGCCCCCCGAGGCGUUUUUACAGAGAGGAAGACGAUGGCUGGGGCCGCCGGAGCCCCUCGCCUCUUCCACAGAAGAGACGGGACACGUGGGACAGCGACCGGCCAUGUCCACCGCCAAAAAACAAAGGAUAUGAUGAUGCCCUCCUCAGCAGCAUGUUGGACAACAAGGCGAGAGGAAGAGGAGGGGACAGAGGGGACAGAGGGGAAAGAGGGGCUUACAGAACGGACGAGGACAGUGACACUCCCUCUAAAAGCAGCUCCAGAGGGAAGGGGAGUUUCUACAGCCGGUCCCCUAGCAACCGUCCAGAAGAGGACGACGCUCUGCCUCCGUACUCUGAGCGUGAGGCCGAGCGGUACCGCAGGGCUGAUCCAAACACGGACCGGUACCGCACUGUAGAACCUCCCAGAGCAGAGCGAUACAAACCCAGUGAAACUGCCAUGAGGCCUUUCUGUUACACCCGCCCCCCCCAGGAUAUGUCCCACACACUGGGGGCCCGAGAGGAGAGGGAAAGGAGCCGAAACCUGAGCACUGCACUGAGCAGGGACUCACUGAUAGUGUGACGAGGUUUCCCAGCAUGCACCUGUCCGUUCAUUAAACCGUCCCGUUGCUGCUCUGCCAUCAGCCGCAUGAAGUCGGCCUCCUCUCAUUGACAAUGACUGCAGCAGUAGUGGAUGCUGAGAAAUCAAUGUGCACAAACCAGGACGGUUUUUUUUUCACUCACGUGCAUGAAUUAUAUCUGAGUAUUUCUGCAUGUGUAGACUAUGGAUGAUAUGUAUGUGGUGUGUGCAUCAUUUGUAUUUUGGACUUACUGACACCAGUGCCAAGAUGUGUCUUUUAUUAUUGUUUUUAUCUGCCAAGUUUUGAUCUGCAGGAAGCCACAGUCUUAUAUUUUCAUGCACUCUUCAGUACACUGCAACUCAGGUUCACUUUGUAGUGUGUUUGUCUGUGGUUGAUCUUGUACUGUAUGUAAGUACUGUACCUUGAAUUUGUCUUGCAGAUUUUAAAUGCACAAAUACUUUUUAAUAAAAAAACGUAAAGAAG